AUGCAUUUUUCACAUCUUUUAGUCCUCAUCGGAGCGCCGUUUGCCUUGGCCAAAUGCAGAUGUCUGAUCCCUCAAUGCAUGCAGACCCCAACGGAUGAUUGUUGGCCUUCGAUCCAGAAAUGGAACGGUUUAAACAGGACAGUUGACGGGCAUCUCAUCGCCAACGAACCUCUCGCCAAACCAUGUUACGACGGCUUGGAGAAAAGCCCCGCGCAGUGUCAACAGAUAAGCAAAAUCUACCAAGAGUCUGCCUUCCGAGAAGCAUCGCCAAUUGGGUUCGCGUAUCCUGUCGUCGAUACAUGCGCCCCGAUCAAUGGCUCGAUAGCUGGAAGUCCGGUAUGCGAUUUGGGUAGCGCGUCUGUCUACAGUGUCAACGCAACCAAACCGGCCGAUGUUGCAGCUGGUAUUAAAUUCGCGAAGGAAAACAACCUUCGAUUGGUGAUCAAAAACACCGGUCAUGAUGUCAGGGGACGAUCCCAGGGGUAUGGCAGUCUGUCUAUUUGGGUUAAGCACAUUAAACCCAAGCUCCAAUUCCAAGAUCAUUAUACGCCGUCAAACAGUUCAUGCCACUCAAACUGGAAUGGCAGUGCAAUUGUUGUAGGGGGCGGAUAUAUCUGGAAGGAAGUAUACAAUUUUGCGGCCAAGCAUGGCUACAUCGCUGUUGGUGGCUCUUCUGAGACUGUCGGCGCUGUUGGAGGCUAUCUCCAAGGAGGUGGUCAUGGACCCGUGAGCCACGACUUCGGUUUAGCCACAGAUCAAGUUCUCGAACUGAAGGUUGUCCUUGCUUCGGGUGCGGUUGUUACUGCCAGUGCUUGUGAGAAUGUAGACCUCUUCACCGCCCUGCGUGGUGGUGGUGGCGGCACCUUUGGGGUGGUCACAUCGGCCACUAUCAAAGUGCAUCCGACAUGUCCCGUGCUGAAGCACUCGUUGACUAUCGCAUCAUCGAGCCUAAAUUUGUCAGCGCUCAUCAAUGCAUCUGUGACGGUUCUCUCGAAAUUUCCCACCCUGUCGGACUCUGGAUUCUCCGGAAAUGCGCAGCUCAACCGAAUCCUUGGCACCAAGUCUGCGUACAGUCACAAUCUCGCGAAGCUGCUAUCAGCAAACUCCUCAUCUUCCAGCUUAUCCACUGAAAUCGAAGAUGCAAAGAGAGUCAUCAAUACCGAGCUUGUUGAAUUACUCGAGCCUUUCAACGGAACCAGGCUGACUGUGAUCUCGACGUUCGAGAAAUACGACACGUUCAAGGACUAUUUUGAAAGUGGUACCCACGAGUCACCGGCAUUGAAUAACCCUAGUCCUGUGAUGAUCUCACGGUUCUUUGAUAAGUCUGCCCUGGUCAACAACCACAACAACCUCACGACCAUGUUCCAAGCAAUUUUCCCCGAGAGCACUUCCAAGGUCCAGGCAAUUGCAUCUUUGUUCGAGUUCUGCCUCAUCGGUGGCGGAGAGGUCCUAAAGCCCCAACCGAACACCGCUGUCCACCCCUCAUGGCGAAAGACAUAUAUGUUCGCAGAGAACUUCGAUGUACCACCAUUCGACAGCGGAAUGAUGGGAGUGCGACAGGUCAGGGAAUACGCCACUACGAAGAAACUUUCGGCAAUGAAGGCUGCUGCUCCUGGUACAGGCACAUAUCUCAAUGAAGCUGAUCCAUAUGACCCGGACUGGAAAAAGGACUUCUACGGAAGUCGGUACAACUGGCUAUACUCGGUCAAACAGAAAUAUGACCCGGAUGGGGUUUUCUGGUGUUACAGUUGUGUUGGGUCUGAAGGCUGGGAGGAGAUCACAGGCCCGACACUGUACGGACCUCUGUGCGAGAAGAAGUAA